GUCAGGCCAACCAAUCGGAUUUCGAGAGACCCAGCUUCAGCUCAACAGCUUGUUAUUCGUGUAUUGCUUUGCAAAUCUGGCUAGCAAGUCGUGUCGUUGCAUCAAUCAAAACAAAUCGAGCUGGACUCCCUCAAAUAGCCUCUACGAUGAAGGCAGCAGACGAGCCUGCCUACCUGACCGUGGGGACAGAGGUCAGCGCGAAAUACAGAGGUGCCUUCUGUGAGGCAAAAAUCAAGACUGUUAAACGGACGGUGAAGGUUAAGGUGAUGCUCAAAGGAGACACUACCUCACAAGUUGUUCAAGAUGACCAAGUGAAAGGACAGUUGAGGGUGGGCUCCACAGUGGAGGUGAAGAGUGCAGAGGGGAUCUGCAGUGAGGCAACCAUCAACAAACUUACAGAUGCCAGUUGGUACACAGUGGUGUUUGACGAUGGAGAUGAGAAGACACUCCGCAGGACGUCUCUGUGUCUUAAGGGCGAGAGACAUUUUGCUGAGAGCGAGACGUUGGACCAACUGCCCCUGACCAACCCGGAGCACUUUGGCACCCCCGUCAUCGGGAAGAAGGGAAACCGCGGAGGAAGGAGGUCAUCUCAGGCUCAUGCGAACGAUGACAAGGAGUCGUCGUCCAGUGAUGACGACAGUGAGGAUAGGAGGAGGCUAAAUGAUGACCUGCUGGGUAAAGUGGCCAGUAUUCAGACUGGGACAGACCGGACAUCCUGGUACCUGGCCCUGGUGAUAUCACCCAGCUGCAAUGAUGACCUGACAGUCAAGAAGGACCAAUGUUUAGUGAGAUCAUUUGCAGACUCCAAAUUUCGCACUGUGGCAAGAAAGGAGAUCCAUGAAGUGAACAUGGACAGCAUCUCUAAAGCUGAGUUCUCAUGGAGGAACGGGUUGGAUGAGGCAGUGCAUUUCCUCAAAACCAAGGUGGUCCCUGACAGUUGGAAGAUGGACAUGAGCGAGAUCUUAGAAUCCUCCAGCAGUGACGAGGAGGAGGAGGACAAGGAAGGAAAAGAUGAGGAGGAGGAGGAGGAGAAGGAGGAUGACGACGAGCAGCCUGAGGAUGAGGCAGACCCAGAGGAGAGGGAUCACUUCCUGCAGCAGUUGUAUAAGUUCAUGGAGGAUCGAGGGACACCAAUUAACAAGCCUCCUGUGCUCGGCUACAAGGAUCUGAACCUCUUCAAGCUCUUCAGGCUAGUCUACCAGCAGGGGGGCUGUGACAAAAUUGAAAGUGGAUCUGUGUGGAAACAAAUCUACAUGGACCUGGGCAUUCCCAUCCUAAACUCUGCUGCCUCCUACAAUGUGAAGACUGCCUACAGAAAGUACCUGUAUGGCUUUGAGGAGUACUGCCGCUCAGCCUGCAUCGUGUUCAGGACCAUCCACCACAAUGAGGCUCGUCCAGCGCCCCAGUCCUCCCAGUCCCAGACAGAGCAGAAGGCUGCCCAGGUCCCUGAGGUGAAGGUGAAGGACAAAGACAAGGUUGGCAAGGGCCCAACACCACCCGUCCAGAAUGAGUCUGCUGCAGCCACAGAGGACAAGCCUUCCCAGGAGGAGGCUGAGUCGGGGAGUGAGAGCGACAAAGAGAGCCACAAAGAUAUCGCCUCUCCCAGGGGGAGGAGACGGUGCACUGUGACCCCGGUCAAAGCUGAGGUGAAGGAGCCUGUCAAGCUGGAGAAGAUCAAAGAGCAGGAGCCGAGUGGUCUUGGUGUGGGCGAGACCAGCGGAGAGGAGACGGAUGGUCAAAAAGAGAGCAGCAGGUCAGACGGAGCGGACACCCAGGGGAAUGGAUGCAGCCGACGUCUGGGGGAGUCCGAUAAAGAGUCUGAGGACGAAGGGGAGGAUGAGGACAGCGAGAGGAGAGUUGGAGAAGGGGCUGAGGAUGAGGACUCCGAAGACUCUGUGACCGGGACUAAGGUGAAGGUAAAGUACGGCCGAGGGAAGACCCAGAAGAUAUACGAGGCCAAUAUCAAGAAAACUGAGAACGAUGAUGCCGGAGAUGUCCUCUACCUGGUACACUACUACGGCUGGAACGUCAGGUAUGAUGAGUGGGUCAAAGCAGAUCGGAUCAUCUGGCCUGUCGACAAGGGCGGAACAAAAAAUAAACAGAAAAAGAAAGUAAUGAACAAAGAGGAUGGAGAGAAGGACAAGCAGGGGAAGCUGGGUGGGUUGAGAGGUCGCCCUCUUCUCAGAACCACUCCCCCCAGUGCCAACCGCAGCGUCUCCAAGACCCCCAGCCGCGAGGGGCGCUCCAGCAGCAAGAGCAAAUCUGACACAUCACCCCUGCCCAAUGGAGAGGGUACCCCUCGCCGACGCACAAGAAGAACCUCUGGGAUGUAUGACUCAGACAGGGAUGCCAACUCCAAUGAUGAGUCGGGGAAUUCGUCCGAGGACAGUGAGUCAGAGGAUUCGACGGAGAAGAAGCCUGCAUGGGCGGAGAGAACGGACCCCGCCACGGCCCGUAAACAGGAAGAGGAGGAGGACCUGAGGGUGGAGCGAGGAAGAGCAGAGGCAGUGGCUGCCGCGGCAGCCCAGGCAGCAGCACAGCUCCAGCCCCCCAGCAGCCCGAAGGAGCAGCAACAGGAGGACAAACUCCCUGAGAGGGAGCCUGAGAAAGUGGAGGCUGAGGAGCAGCCCCAGACGCCUCCCAUGACCCCUGAACCCGACAGACCCAAGGAGGAAGACCCCCCUAACCUGAAAUCCCCCAGGCCUAAAGCAUCACGUAGAAGUAACGUUAGAGAGCCAGAGAGGAACACCAACAACACUGGCUCUGAGAUACCCACCACUCCCAACCACACUGAGACUGAGUCGUUCCCCAGCCCAUGCCCCCUAAAGAGGCAGGAUGAGCCCAUGGUGGUCCUUCACUGUCUCCCUGCUGAGCACCUCCCCAGCAUGCCCGACCUCCCCAUCAUGGACUCCGACACAGACUCCGCCCCGGAGGAGGAGAUCUGCAGGGAGGAGCGAGGCGUGGCCAAGCGUAAAGCCACCGACCACAGGACGCCGGACAAGAAGGUACGUCUAGAAUGGAGGGAAGAUACUGCCAGAAUGGCAUCGCCGGGCGCGAGGCCCCAUGACUCGCCGGGCGCGAGGCCCCAUGACUCGCCGGGCGCGAGGCCCAAUGACUCGCCGGGCGCGAGGCCCCAUGACUCGCCGGGCGCGAGGCCCCAUGACUCGCCGGGCCCGAGGCCCCAUGACUCGCCGGGCCCGAGGCCCCAUGACUCGCCGGGCGCGAGGCCCCAUGACUCGCCGGGCGCGAGGCCCCAUGACUCGCCGGGCGCGAGGCCCCAUGACUCGCCGGGCGCGAGGCCCCAUGACUCGCCGGGCGCGAGGCCCCAUGACUCGCCGGGCGCGAGGCCCCAUGACUCGCCGGGCGCGAGGCCCCAUGACUCGCCGGGCGCGAGGCCCCAUGACUCGCCGGGCGCGAGGCCCCAUGACUCGCCGGGCGCGAGGCCCCAUGACUCGCCGGGCGCGAGGCCCCAUGACUCGCCGGGCGCGAGGCCCCAUGACUCGCCGGGCGCGAGGCCCCAUGACUCGCCGGGCGCGAGGCCCCAUGACUCGCCGGGCGCGAGGCCCCAUGACUCGCCGGGCGCGAGGCCCCAUGACUCGCCGGGCGCGAGGCCCCAUGACUCGCCGGGCGCGAGGCCCCAUGACUCGCCGGGCGCGAGGCCCCAUGACUCGCCGGGCGGGAGGCCCCAUGACUCGCCGGGCGGGAGGCCCCAUGACUCGCCGGGCGGGAGGCCCAUGACUCCAGAGCGGAGGCUGGAGUCGGGGGGACUGAAAGAAGAGGAGUGUCUAAAGCCAGCGAAGGGUAAAACAGAGCCGGAGGUUAAAACAGAGAUGCCUGCCCUCACUCCGGAGGUGCGGUGUCGAGGUCCAGGAGAGGGAGGUGUUGCAGGAGGUCAGCCCAGGUCAGAGCAGCCAGACUAUGGGGCAGUGGAGGAGCUGAUGCCCCAGAUAGGGCCUGAGGCGCUGGUCUGCCACGAGGUGGAUUUGGAUGACCUGGAUGAGAAGGACAAGACCUCAGCAGAAGACCUCCUAAUGAUGAUGAGCCAAGGGAAGGUCCAUGCUCCCCCUCCAUCCAAUGCCUCCUCCCACCACCCACAGACCCACAACAACCCUCCUCUGUCCUCCGGUGGAGCUGCUCCUCCACAAGUCUUUUCCCCCACCUCGGCCCCUAGCCCUGAUGAGUCUAUAAGCACCAAGAGUGAGAGCGACGUCACCAUCGAGGUUGACAGCGUAGCUGGGGAGUCUCAGGAGGGGCUCGGUGAUAAUGAGUCGGCCAUCUCCAACUGCUUUGAAGCCAACACCAGCUCUAGCAACUCCAGCAUGUCACUACAGGAGAGAGACACCAAGGACAGAGGUCAGAAAAGGUUGAUGGACUGCAAUAUGAGUUGUUCUGCAAAGAAGCAGAAGCGCAACCAGAAACGGCCAAGCACAACAUCCAAAAUGGAGAAGAAUGGAGCAGAGUACAGCAGUGACAGUGAGGACCUGGCUGUUAUGGACCCCUCCUGUAAGAUGCCUCCAGUGAAACACUCAAUGUCUAAAGGAAGCCUGAAGUUGGUCUCUCCUAACAGUAAGGAGUUAGAGAAGGACAAGCACAAACACAAGCAGUCCUCCUUCCCCUCCCCUCGCACAUACAAGUGGACCUUCCAGCUCAAUGAACUGGACAGCAUGACAAGUGCUGAGAGGAUUUCCUUCUUACAAGACAAACUACAGGAUAUAAGGAAGUAUUACAUGUCACUCAAGUCUGAAGUGGCCUCCAUAGACAGGAGGCGGAAGAGGUUAAAGAAGAAAGAAAGAGAAGUGUCCCACACCACAGCUUCAACAUCGUCUGGCUCAUCAGACACUGGGAUGAGCCCCUCCUCCGCCUCACCGACUCAGAACACUGUGGCUGUCGAGUGCAGGUGAUGACACGCCUUCUCCCCCACGGUUCCCAUGACGACUACCCUUUCCCACCAUCCCGCUGCCUCCCUGGAGACACGGUUGUGUCCGAAAUGGCACCCUAUUCCCUUUUAAAGUGCAAAUCUUUUGACCAGAAGCCAGUGUUAAAUGACCAGAGGCCCUGGUCAAAAGUAGUCCACUAUAUAGGGCAUAGAGGUGCCAUUUCAGACAUACCCACGUACUGACACACCAGAGCCAGCGGCCAAAAGCACUCGACUGCCCCCUCUGUCUCCUUUCACCCCAUCCCUCCUACCGCAUCCCAUCCACCACUUGGCCACUCCCACUUCUUGCACUUCCCUGCCUUGUAGAUAUUGUGGUCCAACUACUGUAGUGUUGUCAGGAAAUGGAUUCUACGUGAGUUGAAUGUAAAGGAAACCACAAACCCCAGAUACUCCUAGCCAAACCCCUUCACUCUCCAUCCUUGAACAGUCCAUGGCACUUUUCUUCUUACUCUGUCAGAAACAGAUAUAACCUCCUCUGGUUCCUCAAACGGGAGCAAUCAAGAUUCAGUAAUGAAUCAAUGAUGUCUAUCAGCAGAACCAGACAUACACAAUGUAUGUAAUCUACAAUGUAAAGGGUCCCUACCCAUGUUAAUAAUGGUCACUUAACCACCAUGUUAAUAAUGGUCACUUAACCACCUUGGACAUUGUUUGCAAAAAGGUCAAUUAUGUUCGCUUGCUCCAUCAGAACUGCCAAAGUACACGUGUUACAGCAGAUUGCCCUAUUUUGGAAAAGUGGGACAAAUUCAAUUGCGAAAGGGAAUGUAGUUUACUGAAAACUGCAGCCGUUGUCUUCCAUUUAUUGCAGUGUGUCAUCACAGAUUAAUUAUGAAAACUAUUUUGGGGUCUCUUUUUAAGAAAAGUAAUUAAAAAAAAUAUUAGAAAAAGAUUUAUUACAGUGGAACACAGGAGAAUGUUUUCAGUGGACUAAUUUCCUUUGCGAGUGUAUUGUCUUUUUAUAUGUAAUUGCAGAGUUUUUAUUUUAGUAUGGAAAAUUUCAAAAAGUAUAUAUCACAACAGUGAAGUUAUUUAAUGAAAGAUUUCUAGCCCUGAAAUUUUGUGUAAAAAAGGUUUCUUGCAUUGUUAAAUAUAUUUAUUCUGUCAGUGGACACAUUUUAGUAUUUUUUACAAUAUAGAGACACGAACCUUCCACAGUUUGGACAAUGGGAAAUUCUGAUAUUGAAAGAAUGUUGUGUGCUCAUCUAAAAGCAGACUUUGACUGUGAUGUUUCAAUUGGGUAGCUACUGUGCAGUACAUGUUUCACCUAUUUUCAACAGGGCCCUCAACUUUCUCAACAUUUUUUUUCUUCCCUAGAUGGUUUUUGGGGAACACCAUAAUUUGGUGGCCUUCACUUUUGUUUCUUGGUACUUGUAUUUGUUAUAAUUUAAAACAUCUAUUCUUAUUUCGACAUGAGUUCUGACCAAUAAAUAAAAGUUGCUUAAGGAAUAUGUAUGUGAAGCCCAGAGGUUUCUUAUGAUUGUUUUUGUAUAUAGAUCUUCCAAAACCAUGAAUUUGAAAAAUACAUUUGACAAACUGUAAAGAAUGACAUAUUAUUUUUUUAUACCUCUUUGUACUGGUAUAUUAAAACUGUUUUUUUUAUGUCAAGUUGGUAGAAACAUUCACGCACACAGACUGACUAUAUACUAACCCAGUGGGUUUCAGCAUUAGUCUGAAACUAACCCUACAGAAGAGUCAUGGAAGCAUUCAGAACAUGGACAUUUUUUAUGCCUUAUAGACUUGUGAAAAACACACAGUACUUCCUUAAAAGCUAAGUUUAUCUACAGAUUCCUGGAUGAAGGAAAGAAGGUAUUAAGAUUACCUGAGCAAAGUCUUUGUAUCUUAAUGUAAAAUAAGCAGAGCUCUUCAUUUCUAAUAAAGUUUUUAAAUAUU